AUGCUGUCAUCGUGGCGUAACAGUAACAGUAGCAGUAGUAGUAACAGUAUCAGUUUUAGUAGUAACAGUAACAGUAACAGUAGUAGUAACAGUAUCAGUAGUAGUAGUAACAGUAACAGUAGUAGUAACAGUAACAGUAGUAGUAACAGUAACAGUAUCAGUAGUAGUAGUAACAGUAGUAGUAUCAGGAACAGUAGUAGUAGUAGUAACAGUAGUAGUAGUAACAGUAACAGUAUCAGUAGUAGUAACAGUAACAGUAGUAGUAACAGUAACAGUAACAGUAGUAGUAGUAACAGUAACAGUAGUAGUAGUAACAGUAGUAACAGUAACAGUAACAGUAGUAGUAGUAGUAACAGUAACAGUAGUAGUAACAGUAGUAACAGUAACAGUAACAGUAGUAGUAACAGUAACAGUAGUAGUAACAGUAGUAACAGUAACAGUAGUAGUAACAGUAGUAACAGUAACAGUAUCAGUAGUAGUAGUAGUAACAGUAACAGUAACAGUAGUAGUAGUAGUAACAGUAACAGUAGUAGUAACAGUAGUAACAGUAACAGUAACAGUAGUAGUAACAGUAGUAACAGUAACAGUAGUAGUAACAGUAGUAACAGUAACAGUAACAGUAGUAGUAACAGUAACAGUAGUCGUAGUAACAGUAACAGUAGUAGUAACAGUAACAGUAACAGUAGUAGUAACAGUAACAGUAGUAGUAGUAACAGUAACAGUAACAGUAGUAGUAACAGUAGUAACAGUAACAGUAACAGUAGUAGUAGUAACAGUAACAGUAACAGUAGUAGUAACAGUAGUAACAGUAACAGUAACAGUAGUAGUAACAGUAACAGUAGUAGUAGUAACAGUAACAGUAGUAGUAACAGUAGUAGUAUCAGGAACAGUAGUAGUAGUAACAGUAGUAGUAGUAACAGUAACAGUAACAGUAGUAGUAUCAGGAACAGUAGUAGUAGUAACAGUAACAGUAGUAGUAGUAACAGUAACAUUAACAGUAGUAGUAACAGUAGUAGUAUCAGGAACAGUAGUAGUAGUAACAGUAACAGUAACAGUAUCAGUAGUAGUAGUAACAGUAACAGUAUCAGUAGUAGUAACAGUAGUAGUAACAGUAACAGUAGUAGUAGUAACAGUAUCAGUAGUAGUAACAGUAACAGUAGUAGUAACAGUAGUAGUAGUAGUAGUAACAGUAACAGUAGUAGUAGUAGUAGUAGUAGUAACAGUAGUAGUAACAGUAACAGUAGUAGUAGUAGUAGUAGUAGUAGUAACAGUAGUAGUAACAGUAACAGUAGUAGUAACAGUAACAGUAGUAGUAGUAACAGUAACAGUAGUAACAGUAACAGUAGUAGUAGUAACAGUAACAGUAACAAUAGUAGUAGUAACAGUAACAGUAACAAUAACAGUAGUUACAGUAACAGUAGUAGUAACAGUAACAGUAGUAGUAACAGUAACAGUGACAGUAACAGUAGUAGUAACAGUAACAGUAGUAGUAACAGUAGUAGUAACAGUAACAGUAGUAGUAACAGUUACAGUAACAGUAACAGUAGUAGUAACAGUAACAGUAGUAGUAACAGUAGUAGUAACAGUAACAGUAGUAACAGUAACAGUAACAGUAGUAACAGUAACAGUAACAGUAGUAACAGUAACAGUAGUAAGAGUAAUAGUAGCAGCAACAGUAACAGUGACAUUGACAGUAACAGUAACAGUAGUAACAGUAGUAAGAGUAACAGUAGUAACAGUAACAGUAACAGUAGUAACAGUAGUAAGAGUAACAGUAGUAACAGUAACAGUAGUAACAGUAACAGUAACAGUAGUAACAGUAGUAAGAGUAACAGUAGUAACAGUAACAGUAACAGUAAUAGUAGCAGUAACAGUAACAGUGACAUUGGCUGUAACAGUACCAGUAGUAGCUGCAUUUGACAGUAACAGUAACAAUUACAGUACAAUUUAGCAUAAUAUACUCCAAAGACUAGAAGGUGCUGAGUUUCUCUCCUUUACAUUUUUCUGUUUCUCACGCUGUCUGUCUGUCUGUCUGUCUGUCUGUCUGUCUGUCUGUCUGUCUGUCUGCCUCUCUCUCUUUUAUUACAUACACUGAUAAACAAUAUAAACUCAACAUUUUACUGAGUUACAGUUCAUAGAAGGAAAUCAUUCAAUUGAAAUACAUUCAUUAAGCCUUAAUCUCUGGAUUUCAUAUGACUGGGAACACAGAUAUGCAUCUGUUGGUCACAGAGACCUUAAACAAAACGUAAUGGAGUGGAUCAGAUAACCAGUCAGUAUCUGGUGUGACCAUUUGCCUCAUGCAGCGCGACACAUCUCCUUCACAUAGAGUUGAUCAGACUGUUGAUUGUGGCAUGUGGAAUGUUGUCCCACUCCUCUUCAAUGGCUGUGCGAAGUUGCUGUAUGUUGGCGGGAACUGGAACACGCUGUUCAUCGCGUCAAUCCAGAGCAUCCCAAACAUGCUCAAUGGGUGACAUGUCUGUUGAGUUUGCAGGCCACGGAAGAACUGGGACAUUUUCAGAUUCCGGGAAACAUGAGGUGAUGGUGGUGAGGUGAUGGUGGUGGAUGAAUGGCACGACAACAAUGGGCCUCAGGAUCUCGUCAUGGUAUCUCUGUGCAUUCAAAUUGCCAUUAAUAAAAUGCAAUUGUGUUCAUUGUCUGUAGCUUAUGCCUGCUCAUACCAUAACCCCACCACCACCAUGGGGCACUCUGUUCACAACGUUGAUAAUCAAUAAACUGCUUGUUCACACAACGCCUUCUGCCCGGUACAGUUGAAACCAGGAUUCAUCCGUGAAGAGCACACUUCUCCAGCGUGCCAGUGGCCAUCGAGGGUGAGCACUGAAGUCGGUUACAACGCUGAACUUCAGUCAGGUCAAGACCCUGGUGAAGAACGACGAACACGCAGAUGAGCUUCCCUGAGACGGUUUAUGCAGAAAUUCUUUGGUUAUGCAAUCCCACAGUUCCAUCAGCAGUCCAGCAGUCUGGCUGGUCUCAGAUGAUCCCACAGUUCCAUCAGCAGUCCAGCAGUCUGGCUGGUCUCAGAUGAUCCCACAGUUCCGUCAGCAGUCCAGCAGUCUGGCUGGUCUCAGAUGAUCCCACAGUUCCGUCAGCAGUCCGGCAGUCUGGCUGGUCUCAGAUGAUCCCACAGUUCCAUCAGCAGUCCAGCAGUCUGGCUGGUCUCAGAUGAUCCCACAGUUCCAUCAGCAGUCCAGCAGUCUGGCUGGUCUCAGAUGAUCCCACAGUUCCGUCAGCAGUCCGGCAGUCUGGCUGGUCUCAGAUGAUCCCACAGUUCCGUCAGCAGUCCAGCAGUCUGGCUGGUCUCAGAUGAUCCCACAGUUCCAUCAGCAGUCCAGCAGUCUGGCUGGUCUCAGAUGAUCCCACAGUUCCAUCAGCAGUCCAGCAGUCUGGCUGGUCUCAGAUGAUCCCACAGUUCCAUCAGCAGUCCAGCAGUCUGGCUGGUCUCAGGUGAUCCCACAGGUGAAGACUGAUGUGGAGGUCCUGGGCUGACGUUGUUACGCAUGGUCUGUGGUUGAGGAGGUCCUGGGCUGACGUUGUUACGCAUGGUCUGUGGUUGAGGAGGUCCUGGGCUGACGUUGUUACGCAUGGUCUGUGGUUGAGGAGGUCCUGGGCUGACGUUGUUACGCAUGGUCUGUGGUUGAGGAGGUCCUGGGCUGACGUUGUUACGCAUGGUCUGUGGUUGAGGAGGUCCUGGGCUGACGUUGUUACGCAUGGUCUGUGGUUGAGGAGGUCCUGGGCUGACGUUAUUACGCAUGGUCUGUGGUUGAGGAGGUCCUGGGCU